UCCCCGCCUCCCGGAGCCCGAACCUUCGCCUCGAUCACGGAUUCACCUCCAAUUCAACCCGCCGCUCUUUUCCCACUCACUCCGAGUGCAUGUUCCUCAUUUACCGUUCGCAACCGGCUCCGAAAUAUCGAUCAAUGAAUCUUCUGCCGGCCUCGCUUCUCUGACCGCACCUGCUUUCGUUCAGCCCUCCCUACCGUCAGUUCAAAUUUUCCGGUCGGCCAGGGUAGUUGGAACUACCCUCCUGAGGACUCAACUCGGCCCGCCAUGCUCCAAACGCAAUCUCAGCACGUCUUUUCCCACCAGCAUCAGUAUCCUCAAGCUGAUGCCGCCUGGUUACAACAUCAGCAGCAACAGCAGCAACAGCAGCAGCACCAGGCCCAGCACCACCCGCACCAGGCCCAGCAGCAUUCUUCGCUAGUCGCUCAACAACAUGCUCAAGUCCAGGCCGCCGCGGCUGCUGCGGCUGCGGCUCAACAACAGCACUACAACCGCAUCGCCAUGGCCAGCAAUGCUGCAGCAAGCAAUCCUGCCCAGGGGGUAGGCAAUGGAGCGAUCGGUGGGGAUAGCGCACUGUCGAGCGGAAUGUCAAUGAUCGAAGGCGGAGUGAGCGAUGAGAACCGCAAAGUUUUCAUCUGGGUUGCGGAGCUCCUUGAUGCGAAUCGCCGAGAGACUGCCCUCAUGGAACUCAGCAAGAAAAGAGAACAGGUGCCCGAGCUGGCUCUCGUUAUUUGGCACUCGUUUGGUGUCAUGACCGCUUUACUUCAGGAGAUCAUCUCUGUAUAUCCCCUGCUUAACCCUUCCCAGCUUACUGCUGCGGCUUCGAAUCGAGUUUGCAAUGCACUUGCCCUUCUGCAGUGCGUUGCAUCUCACAACGAGACUCGCACUCUCUUCCUGAAUGCACAUAUUCCCCUCUUCCUCUAUCCCUUUCUGAAUACGACCUCGAAAUCCCGACCUUUCGAAUACCUCCGUCUUACAUCUCUUGGCGUUAUUGGAGCUCUGGUCAAGAAUGAUUCGUCCGAUGUCAUUAACUUCCUCCUCACAACUGAGAUCAUCCCCCUCUGCCUUCGUAUCAUGGAAACGGGCUCGGAGUUGAGCAAGACUGUCGCAAUCUUCAUUGUACAGAAGAUCUUGUUGGAUGAUAUUGGCUUAGCCUAUAUAUGUGCAACCUAUGAGAGGUUCUAUGCCGUUGGUACGGUGCUAAGUAAUAUGGUCACUCAACUGGUGGAACAGCAAACCGUGAGGCUUCUGAAGCAUGUUGUGCGCUGCUUCCUUCGAUUAAGUGACAACAGCCGUGCCCGCGAGGCCUUGCGCCAGUGCCUUCCUGAACCUCUUAGAGAUGCCACCUUCUCAUCGGUCCUCCGCGAUGACGCAGCUACAAAACGCUGCCUCGCACAGCUCCUCAUCAACCUCUCAGACAAUGUCUCCGAUGGCGCACCGGGUGUUGCUAUGUAA